GUAGAGUUAAUUAGCCACAUUCUCUUAAAGAUGGUGAAGGCUCGAGAUUCUGAGAACACAUCUAAUCUGAAAAGAGGUUCAUGGAGUCCUGAAGAAGACCAGAAACUGAUAGCUUAUAUCAGUAAAUAUGGCAUUUGGAAUUGGACUGAGAUGCCAAAACCUGCUGGUUUGUUGAGGACUGGGAAGAGUUGUAGACUCCGUUGGAUGAAUUACCUACGGCCAGAUAUUAAGCGUGGAAACUUCACUCAAGAAGAAGAAGAAAUCAUAAUCCAGAUGCAUCAAGAACUAGGAAAUCGGUGGUCCACCAUUGCAGCAAGACUUCCAGGAAGAACAGACAAUGAGAUUAAAAAUUACUGGCACACCCGCUUGAGUAAGAAAUGCUAUCAAGAAAUACAAGCCGCCAUCGAAGACAACCAGAAUAAUCCACCUGGAGUCGAUUCCUUACUUCCCAGUACUCCAGAAGCAUCAAACAUGGAUGGCUAUAAGGAGUCUCCAAUAUCCUCAGAGCUAUCUAUUGAUGAUUAUUCUUCAUCAAGCCCCCCUGAUCCCGCUGGUGAAAUUUAUGAAAACCAGACCAUAAAAGAGAACAUAGGUUCAUCUAAUACAUAUAGAGAUCUCCAAAGUUUAUUGGAGCAGUACUCAUUUCCAAUGGAAAAUCUGUACAAGGUGGAUGGCUGUGGGGCUACAGCUCAAGGAGGGUUAUCAAAGGAAGAACUACAAAUUAUUUUUGAGCUGCCAUUUCCAAUGGAGGGUUCAGACAUGAUGGAAGGUUAUGGGGCCAUUCCAUACCAUGGAAUUGAAGUAUCAAAUUCUCAGUGCGGGCUUCAAGAAGGUCCAUAUCUAUUUUCUUCCAACUAUGAAGGUGGCAAUGAUUUCUGGCCCUAA